GGGACCCGGCCAGUACCUCCUUGUUCCUUGACCUCUGUAUUGACGAGAAGGAGAACAAAUUCAACUGGAACAAAGAAGGGUUAACUACAGACGGGUGGCGUAACGUGCAUAAGAAAUUCAGAGAAAUCGGCAGCGGUCGAUUUACUGAUAGGCAGAUGACCAACAAGCUGCAAACAUUGAAAAAAAGAUUCAAGAGGUGGAUGGAUCUGCAAAAGCGGCACAUGUGGCCAUCGAAGUGCACGAGGCUACUGGGCGAGAAUGGAUGGAAGCUAGUUUGAGGGACCCAAGGAGAUGCUAUGAGAAUUUCCGUAUGAACAGCGAGACAUUCCAUAAGCCAUUCCAUAAGCUGCAUACAAUUCUAGUUGUCAACCAUGGGUUGCAGUCCACUCAAGAGUUCGGGUCCAUAGAGGCUUUAGGCAUGUUCCUAUGGGCAUGCGGGCACAAGCAAUGCAUGCGACAGGUGAAAGAAAGACUUCGUAGGGCAUUGGGAACAGUAAGCCAGAAGUUCGGGGAAGUGCUGCGUGCUAUGGUGUCGUUUGCAGAUACAGUUAUUAUGCCAAAGGAUCCUACUUAUAGCACAGUGCAUCCGGCUUUGCGGACGUACUCACCUUUGUUCGACGGAUGCAUAGGCGCUAUAGAUGGAACACACGUACCUGUGUGUGUCUCUCGGAGGUCACAUGAUGAUUACCUCAACAUGAAAGGUUGGCCAAGCCAGAAUGUUUUAGCUGUAGUUGACUUUGACAUGAGGUUCACAUUUGUUGGAGUGGGGAUGGCGGGAGCUGUGCACGACAUGGCGGUGCUAAGGGAGGGGUGGACGGCUCGAACAUUCCCUCACCCACCAUCAGGAAGAUAUUAUUUGGUGGACUCAGGGUAUGCCAAAGAGCGUGGGUAUUUGGGACCGCAUCGCCACAACAGGUACUGGAAGAAGGAGUUCAAAUAUAGGGGUCCUGAGCAUUUGCAAGAGUUGUUUAACUACCAUCAUUCGAAACUGCGUAAUGUGGUUGAAAGGACAUUUGGGGUCGCCAAAAAUAAGUGGCAAAUGUUGAAAGGUAUGCCAAACUAUCCUACGGAGAAGCAAUGUGGAAUUAUUGUGUCAUGUUUUGCACUGCAUAACUUUGUACGGGAUGAGAAUGCAUGGCCAUCGACAGCCGGUCCGAUGCUGGUACGUCCACUAAGUGAGUAUUCUAAUCAGUGGGUUGAGUCAAAUGCGGAAGAUGACAUGGCAACUCUCCGUGAUUGGAUUACUACUGGACUUGGAGUAAUGGGGUUCGGGUAUGUGAGUUUAAAAAAAGAUUCAGAUUUUGAUGUUGGUAAAAUUUGAACAAAUGUAUGAUUCUGUUGUGUGCUGACAAAUUUGUGAACCAGGCUCAGAUGAUCUGCAGUGGAACCUGGAAUGAAGGAGAAGCACAGGACAAUGUUUAUUUUGGUCCCUACGGUUUCAUGAAGGUGCAUGUGCCUGUAUGUUGGCUUAUUUUGGUACGGAGGGGUUCAUGAAGUUUGGAUUUGCGCAUGUAGUGCAUAAUGCACAACCACUUGGUAAUUUGGUAAUUGACUGACCUUCAUUCGGUUGUAUGAAUACAUGAUGAUAAAACUGGUAAUCUGGC